AUGAGGACUUACUGUCCCUUGACUUGUGGUUAUUGUAAACAAGGCCAACUGUUCUAUGAGGCAAUAACGGCUUCGCCGUUUUUUGAUGACAGUAACAAUUUGUUGACGACAUUGCCACCAAUUACUUACGCUCCGAUCACUUACGCACCUAUUACUUAUCGACCUAUCAGUUAUUGCGUGGACAAGUAUUCUAGGUAGGGAAAAAAUUUUUGAAAGUGUCUCAAAUUAAGCUUUAAGGGGCUCAGCUUAGUUCUCGUAACGAAAUAUUCUAGCUUUUAAAACACUGUAAAAUAUGACUUGCAAGUAUUGAUAAAACAAGUUUCAGUUGCAUUUACUGGGCGCGAAAUGGAUUCUGUUCUAAUGCUUUUUAUCCAAUGAAGACGAAAAUGGCAUUCUGUGGAAAAACGUGCUCUUUGUGUACUUAA